AACUGUGUGUUAUAAAUUAUAAUAUAAUCUAUUAAGUUUGAACUCUCGAUAACUGUUAUAAAAAAACACUUUAAUCAUUUUUUUUCUUUUAUAGAUCUAGAUCUAGUUUAGAUACAUUUAAAUAAACGUCUUUUGUACUUGUGUGUUUUGGCAUUUCUCUUAAUGUUAUAUAUAUAGACUCUAGUUUAGUGAGCUGAGUUACAUUUAUUUUUAAAUCACAUGACGUCACUUACAUUUCCGUGAUACGCCAUUUAUAAGCUGUUUGUAAACAAAAUCCUAAAAUUACGAAACAUCACGUGAAAUUUGUCCCUCUACACAACACAGUACAGAUUUAAUUAUACCUACCGCUAUUAAAGAAAACGUUUUAGAUCUAGAUCAAAUUCAAUAGUUUCUUUAGAUCUACAUCUUCUUGGUUUUAGGAUGGGCUGUAUUCUUGGAUCGCUUGCCUGUUGUUGUGGGAGUGCUGCUUGCAGCUUAUGCUGUGCAGCAUGUCCAUCCUGCAAAAACUCCACUGCCGCCAGGAUUGGCUACUCUUUGAUGUUGCUCUUAGGCUCUGUUGUGGCAGUCAUCAUGCUCAUCCCUGACAUCAGGCACAAGCUUGAGGAGAUUCCUGGGUUAUGCAAAGGAUUUUUUGGAAGUGGCAGUGUCUUUAAUGAGGAUCAGUGUAACAAUGUGGUUGGUUUCCUGGCUGUCUACAGAAUCUGUUUUGCCAUGACCAUGUUCUUUGCUCUCUUCUGCCUCAUCAUGAUCAAGGUGUCAUCCUCAAAGGAUCCGCGAGCUAAAAUUCAAAAUGGUUUUUGGUUUUUCAAGAUUUUAAUUUUGAUUGGCAUCUGUGUUGGUGCUUUCUUCAUCCCUGAAGGAACAUUUGGUCAUGUUUGGAUGGGAUUCGGCAUGGCUGGCGGGUUUCUAUUUAUCCUUAUACAGCUGGUUCUUCUCGUUGAUAUGGCUCAUGGCUGGGCUGAAUCAUGGGUUGAAAAGUAUGAGGAGACACAGUCAAAGGCUUAUUAUAUCGGAUUGUUUUUCUUCACUAUUUUAUUCUACAUCAUCAGUAUAGUGGCAGUAGUUCUCUUCUAUGUCUACUAUGCAAAUGGUGAUUGUAAACUGCACAAGUUUUUUGUGUCCUUCAACUUGAUUUUGUCAGUUGGAAUGAGUGUAGUGGCUAUUUUACCCAAAGUACAGGAACAUCAACCUCGCUCUGGUCUCCUUCAGUCAUCAGUCAUUACUGCGUACGUUAUGUACCUGACCUGGUCAUCAAUGUCCAACAAUCCAGAUAAGGAGUGUAAUCCUUCUCUGAAAAAUAUUUUCAACAUCACGGGUACAGAGAAAACAGGAAGUAGUAGUGCUGAGACUGUCUUUGACUGGGAGAAUGUCUUGUCGCUGCUCAUUUGGCUCUUUGCCAUUCUAUAUUCCAGCAUUCGCACAAGCAGCAAUAGUCAGGUGGGAAAAUUAACCAUGUCAGAAAAGACAAUUCUACAGACAGACACAGGCAAAUAUGUUGGGUCCAGUGAUGAGAAUUUGAUUGGUAGCUCCGACAGUGACGGGGACACAGAGAAGGGGCAGAAGGUUUGGGACAAUGAGGAGGAUGGCGUGGCCUACUCCUACAGCUUCUACCACUUUAUGCUGUGCCUGGGCUCACUGUAUGUCAUGAUGACGUUGACCAACUGGUUCAGCCCUAGUUCUGAUGUUCAGCACCUGAAUGCAAACAUGGCCUCAGUCUGGGUCAAGAUAGCCUCUAGCUGGGUAUGUGUGGCACUAUACGUCUGGACUCUCAUAGCACCUGCCAUCCUGUCAGGAAGGGAUUUCAGUUGAGAAGCUAGCCUAGAAAAAAAAGAUCUUUCAGAAAACAAUAAUUGAUGAGCAAAGGAAAAUAAAACUUUCUGGAACAAUUGAAUGAAAUAUUAUCUCAAAAUGUAUAUUAACACUGGGUAACAAUUUUCUCUUGUUCAAAUACAUAAAUAGGCAUCUAAUUCUAGUAACAGAUGAUGGGGUGUUGAUAUUAUUCCUUUUGUUUGAAUUGACCUUGAUCUUUGUACUUUCUAAAAAAUUUUUAUUAUUUAAUUGAUUUCUAAUUAUUUUUCUUUUACUUAUGUAUAUAUGAUUUGAGCUACUCAAAACAAAAUUUUCCCCUGGCAAUACCUUCUCAGUACUUGCUCUUGUAAACAACCCCUCCCUCCCCAUAUCUGGAUCAUCCUGCCUUAAACGUAUACUAUUCCCACCACAGAUACUACAUUUGUAACACUCCCAAAACACUUCCUGGCAUUCAGGUCAUGGUGUGUCAUGAUUUUCCCGUAGUUCUAAAUGGUUAAAAAAAUUACUUUUUUUUUUAAACAGUUUGUAUAUAUUUUUCCUCUUGGUGAAAAGAAACUCAAUCACUGUACCAUCUGUCCUCUUUUCUUGAACGCAUUAUAGCCGCCUCACUCUUUUUGUUUUCUUUUUAUAUGAUACCUGUAAGAUUAAAAUUCUUGCACUAAAAUUGAUCUUAACUAAAGCAUCUUUCUUCACCCUCCUAAAAUGUACAUAAAUUCCAACUACAAAACAUCCGCAAUUACAACUAAUAUUGAAAUAAAUCUCCAUUCUAGCAACUGAAAUAAACAUUUAAGUGUUAUUGUUUUUUUGUAUUCAACUAGUUACUUUUUUUUUGUUAUAAUGUAUACAUAUUGCUUUUGAAUUUCAAAAUAUAUUUCAGAUACAUAUAUGUUUGUGUGUUUCAAUUGAUUGAUCUGUAACUUAUAGCACUCAGUUCUUAAAGUCAGAACUCUCAUGUUAAUUGGUAUUUGCUUGACAUUAAUUCUUUUUCUUUUGUUGUUGUGCUGCAACAAAUUGUUUUGUGUCCUGUAAAUUUGUUUUGGGUGUAUUGUAUUUUUAUCGUUUGAUAUUCUGUAUUAUUUAUUUCCUUGUUUUAAACAGGAAAGAGUUCUGAAGCUUAGUGCUGGAAUACUUAAUGAAUGAGCAUAACUAGUAACAUAAGAGUAGCAUCCCUUAGUGUACUGUUGUUAGUGAGAUAAGUAGGUGAAGAAAAGAAUAAACUGGAAGAAUGUGGCCUGACUUGAGAUAGUCAAUGGGACAGCUGUGUGGUAAACAGGGGUAGGUUGACUCUUACUGAUUUGAGAUUCGAUGAUUAUGUCAGACCAUGGUUCAGGUAUUUGUUGAGACUGAGUUUCACCAUAUCUUCUCUACCUUCAUCUCUCAAAGCCAUUGUACACAAGUGCUGCUAUGUUAUGUUAAUUAUGUUUACUAUGCUCUGUUAUUAUUAAUUAUGUUUAUUCCUUUGGUUCGUAUGUGUAGUCUCUCCCCGCCCCCCCCCCCUUUUUUCAAAAAAAAAUUAUUUAGGAUAGGGUUUAUUAUUAUUUUUUUGUUGAGAUCUUGAAGAAAAUCAUCCUGGUUUUAAAAUGAUAAGAAUGAGGUAGUUCUGAAUCUCUGACCUACUUUAUAAAAAGUCACAUGACUGUGGUCUUAUACAUGGCAAUAAUGGCAAUAUCUUCCUAUGAGAAGAUGUAGAUCUAGAUUUAGUGCUAGCCUAGAUCUAGUAGACCUACUAAAUAAUCAUAAAAUCAGUGAAUUAUUGUAACAUAAUUUUUAUUACUUAAAGAUGUCUAGAACUAGACUAUUUUCAUGUUUAAAUUACAAUGAAAUCAAUGAGGUAAUUAAUGUAAACAACACACCCACAUGACUGAGAAGAAAUCCGGAACUACCUCAUUAUAGACAGGAGUACAUUAUUAGAUAACAAUGUGUAAAUUAUUUUUUUACCGAGCUGUAAGUAUCAUACAGAAGAGGUGACCUAGAGGUGUGGUCGUGCAGAAAAACUUGUAUGCAAGACCAACUUAGGCACAUGGAUAAAGAAUCUUAUUGUUUAUAAUUGUACAGUGUCUACAUCUGCCACAUCUGUGGCUUGCUUAGUUUUACAUAGUUUUUUUUUUUUUCAUGAAUGGCAAAUAUUUCUAUAUUUUAUCUCCUGGCUCUAGAUGUCAACGUUUCAACAUUACUUUGGAAAAGGGUUUAAGCUGGUGACAGUAAAUAUCAGUAGAGACUGAGAGAAGAGGCAUGAGGGGGAAUUAAAUGGCUUUGAUGUAUCAUUUAGUUUAGAGUAUAUACAUGAUAUACAUGUAAGUGUUACAGCACUUUACUUUAACAAUGUUGGAUUAUCCAGAGCUUAACUAUUGAUCUCUCUGGGAGAAAUGGCACUGAGGUAGAGUGUUCGAGCACUGAGCUGAAAGUCUCAGGUUCAAAAUGAAAUCUUUUUAUUUUCCCUUAUGGUCAUGAGAAUGUUUUAAAGUCUACUCAGCUUUUGUGCAAAGGCAAUCGAUACAUGUGCUGGUUACAAAACCUGUGUAUAAACUAUGAACCUUGUCCACAAGAACAGAUAAAAAUACAGUAAGGAUAGCUUGAACUGUUCCUUUAACUAGGGUAUGGGUUUCAACAGAUUAUGUUCUUUUUUAAUUGUUGUUCCUAAAAGGGGUUACAAAUUAAGAGUUUACCCCGCCCAUUCUUCCUUUGGAAGUGAGAGGAGUCCAGUGUCGAGCUGUUUAUUGUAUACAUUAGGUAAAUGUAACAUUUUUCCAAAUAAUUGUAACAAAAAUGCUAGAUACAAUAUUGAUCUAUUUUUUAACCUAUGUUUGAAAUAUGUCAUAAGUCGUUUCCAAACAUUCAGCCAAACUUUGUUUGUUGGUGUCUUAUUGUGAUUAGCUUGUAUCAUUAGUCUCAAUAAACAAAAAUGAAAACAC